UAUGUCUGUGUGUCUUUACAGAGAUCUUAUGAGCUCUGAGGUCAAAGAGGUGGGGGCAGUUGUUCCACAGACAAAGAGAAUGGUACCCCUAUUUGCUGGCAUCGCAGAGGCCUCCAUUGACCUGAGGACUUCCUCUGUCUCCUUGGAGAGGCCAUUGGUCAGGUCUCGGGAAGCCAUUGCUCGCCUCCCCAACCUGUUCAGCAAGAGUAGCACCCAGCUGGGGGAGCAGAGCUGCACAGACGAGGGUGAAGACAACACCAAGCUCCUCGGGUUGCCUAAUAUAGGCAACACCUGCUUCAUGAACUCUGCUCUGCAGUGCCUGCUGGGGCUGCCAGCAUUUUGCAGAGACAUUCUGAGACAGCAGAAUAUCUGGAGUUCCUCCCCCUCCUCUAAACUGCUAUGGUAUACAGCCUCGCUCUCACCCUCCUGUCCCACCUGUACACACACUGACCCACCCACCUAGACGCUUAUAGUUACAGUACACAAGUUCCGCCUCAAUGUAUGUGUCAGUGGAGGCUGCUGAGGGGAGGACGGCUCGUAAUGAUGUCUGAAAUGGAGCAAAUGUAAUGGCAUCAAACACAUGGAAACCAUAUGUUUGAUGUAUUU